CACGAACGCUCACUCAUCUUCAGCCAUAAGCUUCUCUACGCCCAACGGUGAUCACGCGUCGCAAAAACCCGCCAGUUCAUCAUGUGAACGAAUCUUAUCGUGCUGUUCUCCAGACCCUGAUGAGCGGCUUGUGAUGCAGGGCAGGCGAUCCCAGCAGGAUGCCAGCCACUGCCACACUCUUCGUCCCAGCCAGCUUUUUACUGACAACCAACUUUGUCAUGGCACCCAAUAAGGGAUCUGUUUCUGCUCCACUUGAACUUCCAGUUGCUGCACGGUGAGCAAAUAGGUCCACUGACUUGUUUGUACAUUGGAUGUUGCAGUCGUCGGUGGCAGGCGACCCGCCUCUUUGUUUAUAGCCCAUUAUGCGCCCACGCGACGAGGUUUGUCUGUAGGUUUGUCUGAGCUUUCAUGCAUGCUGUGUUACAUGCACAAUUAACAAGAGUACGUGAUCGCCAAUCUUUAUUAGGUUUGGUUUCCAAGAAGAAUAUACGAAUUCAGUACACCAUGGGUUCCAACCUGGGUAUCAGAACUGUAUGUCGCGCACCAACAAAUCACUUCUACGACAAACCACUUCCACCGUUACCGUACGGAGAUGCCUUCGAUAUUGAGGUGGAACUUGUGCCUAAACCUCUCUUCAGCAGACCAACAGUGCUGCCUCCGACUUGCGCAGCUUAUGCAGUGGUGGAACCGCAAUCGCCGAUCUAUAUACCUUCUGUCUCCUCAGCAAACAUAUCACGAACGUCUUCUCUCCAGUCAUCGCGGCGCAGCACAUCCUCUUCGGUCUCAUCAAUGUCGACACCUUUGAGCUCAGCGCCAACUUCACCUUACUGCCAAAGGCGUUCGCUGGAGUUGACAUGCACAUCUCCAUCGACCGUAUGGUACACACCAAUACUCACACCAGAACCUCAGCCAAGACGAAUAUUGAGAAGGAGAGUAAGUCCUACUCAUGAUACGCUAAGGGGGUUGAGAGCAAAAGAGUCAGAUGCUUGUUUGCAGAAAAUUUGUGACGAGCAAGUGGCUGCUUACUUGAGUGGUUCACUGUGGUCAAGAGCCAAGUUCAAGCGAGAGCUGGCCGCAGUGGAAGACCAUUGAUCAUGUCAAAGGUGUACGUACUUGCAUGAUAACAGAUCAUAAC